AUGAUCCCUCCGACGCCUACAGCGCCUGCCAGCUCAUGCUCUGACGGCGAUGGCGAGCAGCUGGGACGCCCAAGGCCACACGCCUUCCAUCGCCCAAGUCAACUGGCAACGCUGACAACGAUUCCAGCAUCGAAAUUAACACCAAAAGCGAAACCCCUCUCGCGUCAAAUCGAUCCUUGGAUAUGGACGUCUUUGCUGUUGUCCAUAGCCUCUCUCAUCCUUUGUCGUUACACUAACGACAACAGCAACCAUCAACGCCCAAUAUUCAAGGCCAUCCCCCUGAACCGUGAAAACACGCACAUAGUUAUCCAAAGCGACGCCGAGCAUUCCGGGGGUAACACAUUACUUGCAUUGGGAAUGAAUUUCGGUGCCGGGUUGGGUUUAGAAGCACUGCUCGUCGUCAUCAUAUUCUAUGGCACAAUUUUGCUCAUCCUCUCCUCAAAAGAAAGACGGUUGUCGGACGUUAGGACAUCCUCGUUGACGCGGCCACGAUGCGAAUCCGAGAACAAAUAUUUUGUAGCUCACAACCUUUAUCGCUGCACUGACGGAGAUCAUGAUGAGGAAAUUGCGGUUGAAGACAAGAGACGUUCGACCAUUAUUUGGAUCCUUGCUGUGAGCCAAAGCGGACUGGCGGCGGUGGGGCUAUAUGCUGCAGCGAGGCUGGUUUUGGUGAUGGGUGGAUUUGCCGGGAAGGAGGGGGCCAAUCCCAUUCUUGAGUGUUUCGAGUUGGUGUAUGUGUUGGGGGAAAUGGGAAUGUUGAUGUAUAUCGCCAUUUGCUGUGUUGUCCAGGCAUCGGGGAGAUCCAAAUCGAGAUUGUAG